UUCCUAACAUACACUAUGGUGUGAAAAAAAUCAGAAGUAAAAUGGAAGGAAGUGAAAGAUUUAGUGGAGAUACUGAAGAACCUUCGAAUGAAUAUUUACCAAGAAAUGAGGUCGUAAUGGAGCGAAAUGAAGAAGAUUUAAAUUCCUCUAUUAAAACUACAAAGGAAAAUACCAUACAAAAUACAGAGGAAAAUACAAAAGAAAUCACGGAGCAAAAUGCAAAGGAUAGUAAUACAGAAGAAAAUGAAACAGAAACAUUACAGAAGAUCUCUAUCACUGAUAAUUUCUUAAAAGAGGAGGAGGAUAUUCUUAAUAUUGAUGACCAAGUUAUUGACAGUUUAUCAGAAGGCUUACUUCAUAAAAUUCAACCAGAAAUUGAUUCUUUUAGCAACUCAUUCCAAGAGUUAACGAGAAAUCAACGGGUGUUGAUGGAGACAGUCCAACAAGAAAAUGUUAAAUUAUUGGAAAAUAAAGAUAUCAAUGAUUUGGCAGCCAUGGUAAGUAACAUUUUAUUCAAAUCUUAACUUAUAACAGGCCUAUUUUCUACUAAUAGCC